CUUGGUCUUAUUACUCGACACUAAAUUCCAACCCGAAGCAAGUACGGGACCUGUAAGCCUCUAACACAUAAUCACACAUCAGUCUUCGGACACAGACAGACUACUUGUUUCUUUUCUGCUAUUUUCUCUCAGUUUCUCAGAUAAGAGAGUAACAGGGAAAAACAGAGAAAGAAACAGAGAGGUGUUUCAAUGGCGUCCAAGAACCACAGGGACCCCGAGAAGGCGGCUAAUGGGAGCAGUGAAGAUCAUGAGAGAUGCGCCAUAGAAGAGGUGGCCUUGGUGGUGCCUGAGACGGACGACCCUUCAAUGCCUGUCAUGACGUUCAGGGCGUGGUUCUUGGGCUUAACCACAUGCAUCAUCUUAAUCUUCCUCAACACCUUCUUCACCUUCCGCACGCAGCCCCUCAGCAUCUCUGCCAUUCUCAUGCAAAUUGCUGCUCUGCCCAUCGGCAAGCUCAUGGCCUCCACCCUCCCAAAGCGCGAGUACAGCCUCCUGGGGUGGAGGUUCAGCUUGAAUCCUGGGCCCUUCAACAUGAAGGAGCAUGUCAUCAUCACCAUUUUUGCCAAUUGUGGGAUUUCUUACGGAGGGGGUGAUGCCUAUUCAAUUGGUGCCAUUACCAUUAUGAAGGCCUAUUACAAGCAGAGCUUGAGUUUUCUUCUUGCUCUCAUCAUCGUCUUGACUUCUCAGAUAUUGGGGUAUGGAUGGGCAGGGAUUCUUAGGAGGUUCCUGGUUGACCCCGUUGAAAUGUGGUGGCCUUCCAACCUUGCUCAGGUUUCUCUGUUUAGAGCACUCCAUGAAAAGGACAAUAACAAAGGCUUUACGCGGAUGCAGUUUUUCUUGAUUGCCAUGGCAGCAAGCUUUGCUUAUUAUGCACUCCCUGGCUACCUUUUCCCGAUCUUGACCUUCUUCUCAUGGGUCUGCUGGGCUUGGCCACACAGUAUCACAGCUCAGCAAAUUGGCUCAGGUUACCAUGGACUUGGGGUUGGUGCUUUCACCCUUGAUUGGGCUGGGAUUUCAGCUUAUCAUGGCAGCCCCCUAGUCACUCCCUGGACUUCCAUUCUCAACGUUGGGGUUGGAUUUGUCUUGUUCAUCUAUGUCAUUGUCCCUGUUUGCUACUGGAAGUUCAACACUUUCGAUGCUCGAAAGUUCCCUAUAUUUUCCAACCAGCUAUUCACCUCUAGUGGCCAUAAAUAUGACACUACCAAGAUCUUGACACCCCAGUUUGAUCUUAACAUUGAUGCCUAUAAUAGUUACGGCAAGCUCUAUCUUAGCCCGCUUUUCGCUUUAUCCAUUGGAUCAGGAUUUGCAAGAUUUUCAGCAACCCUCGUUCAUGUGGCACUGUUUCAUGGCAGUGCUAUUUUGAAGCAAAGCAGAUCAGCAAUGAAGAAUGUGAAAGUGGAUAUCCAUGAAAAACUGAUGCAGCGUUACAAACAAGUGCCUCAGUGGUGGUUCCUCAUCCUAUUAGGAGGGAGCAUCGCCCUGUCCCUGCUAAUGUGCUUUGUAUGGAAAGAAGUUGUGCAGCUGCCAUGGUGGGGGUUGCUAUUUGGCUUUGUCUUGUCCUUCAUUGUCACCCUCCCAGUUGGGGUCAUUCAAGCAACCACCAACCAACAACCUGGAUUUGACAUCAUAGCACAAUUCCUUAUUGGGUAUAUUCUACCAGGAAAACCAAUUGCAAACUUGUUGUUCAAAAUCUAUGGACGAAUCAGCACUGUGCAUGCGCUCUCUUUCCUAUCUGACCUUAAACUUGGGCACUAUAUGAAGAUUCCACCUCGGUGCAUGUACACAGCUCAGCUGGUGGGAACUCUGGUUGCUGGUAUUGUGAACCUCGCAGUCGCAUGGUGGAUGUUGGAGAGCAUUGACAACUUAUGCGAUAUUGAUGCACUCCAUCCAAACAGCCCCUGGACUUGUCCAAAGUACAGAGUCACCUUUGAUGCUUCUGUUAUUUGGGGCUUGAUUGGACCAAAGCGACUGUUUGGACCUGGAGGACUGUAUCGGAACUUGGUAUGGCUAUUCAUUGUGGGAGCUUUCUUGCCAGUUCCAAUUUGGAUAUUGAGCAAAAUCUUCCCGGACAAGAAAUGGAUUCCCUUGAUAAACAUGCCAGUCAUUACUUAUGGCUUUGCCGGGAUGCCGCCUGCAACUCCCACCAAUAUAGCAAGCUGGCUCAUCACUGGAGGUAUCUUCAACUAUUUCGUGUUCAAAUAUCACAAGCGCUGGUGGCAGAAAUACAACUAUGUCCUAUCUGCAGCAUUGGAUGCUGGGACAGCGUUUAUGGGCGUCCUACUCUUCUUUGCCUUGCAGAACAAUAACUACAAUGUGAAAUGGUGGGGGACUGAACUUGACCAUUGUCCUUUGGCAACAUGCCCCACUGCCCCAGGUAUUAAGGUUGAAGGAUGUCCAGUUUUUUAAAUAACCACAGAAAAAAGAAACAAAGAGAGAUGGGUAUUUCAUUUUCAAGAUUCAAAGCUAAGGAAGGAGGGUACGUUGUCAUUGUGGAGGAAGAGGACAAGUGCCAGAGUUCGUACGAGCUUGUAUAGUCAACAACGGAAGGAUUGGUUGUUCUACUUUUAUGUUCUGUUAUAGCAUAAAUUUCUCGUUCAGAUGAAAUGUAUGGCUGUUAAUUAUCUUUGAAUCAAUUUAACAUGAAUGAAUUGGCAAUAGAUAAGUAGCUUGCUUGCCAUCUCUGCUCA